AAGCUGCCUGUGACCACCGCAGCAGCCUCCUCCGGCUCCUCUCCCGCUGUGCCCAUGGGGCUGCCCUGGCACCCGGCCCGCUGGGGCUCACGCUUCCAUGUGCCCCCCAGCGCUGAGGCCGUGGCGCGGCCUGUGGGGAUCUGCUCCAUGAUGAAACUGCCCGUGCAGGACUCGGCAGUGGGGCUGGAUGCAGCCUUUGUGGGUGUCCCGCUGGACACGGGCACGUCCAACCGCCCCGGAGCCAGGUUCGGCCCGAGGCAGAUCCGGGCUGAGUCAUCUCUGCUGCGGAGGUUCAAUGGCAGCACCGGGGCUGCCCCGUUCGAUUCCCUGCGUGUGGCUGACAUCGGGGACGUGAACGUGAACCCCUACAACCUGCCCCAGAGCUGCCGCCUCAUCCGCGGAGCCUUCCAGGACAUCGUGGGCUCCGGCUGCGUGCCCCUCACCCUGGGUGGGGAUCACACCAUAACGUACCCCAUCCUGCAGGCCGUGGCAGAAAGGCACGGUCCUGUGGGGCUGGUGCAUGUGGAUGCUCACACCGACACCGCAGACAGAGCCUUGGGGGAGAAGAUCUACCACGGGACCCCAUUCCGGCGCUGUGUGGAUGAAGGGCUGUUGGACUGUGGGCGUGUGGUCCAGAUCGGCAUCCGGGGCUCCUCCUAUGAUCCCAAUCCUUACAAGUACAGCCGGGACCAGGGGUUCAGGGUGGUCCCGGCUGACGAGUGCUGGAUGAGGUCCCUGGUGCCACUGAUGGCGGAGGUGCGGCAGCAGAUGCGGGACCGGCCGGUGUACAUCAGCUUCGACAUCGAUGGGGUGGACCCUGCCUAUGCACCGGGCACGGGGACACCGGAGGUGGCUGGGCUCACACCGGCGCAGGCUUUGGAGAUCAUUCGUGGCUGCAAAGGCCUGAACAUAGUGGGAUGUGACCUUGUUGAGGUUGCACCCAUGUACGACGUCUCUGGUAACACAGCCCUGCUGGGGGCAAACCUGCUCUUUGAGAUGCUCUGUGUUCUCCCUGGGGUGAAGACGAUGUGAGGCAGCUCCUGCCUGCCCCAGGGGCAGGGUUUGCUCAGCUGACACUUCACGGUUGCAACCAAGCUUUGCAGUAAGGAAUAAACAGCAUUUACCAUUAGAAAAGGGAAAUCUGAAGCUGAGAUGGGAGCAGAUGGGAUUGAACAGUUUAAGUGGUGUCCGGAGCUUUUGUUUUCCUGGGAAAAAAGCCUCUGCUUUCACAGCUGGAAUUACUCACCCAGCUCAGGGGGCUCCUGACAUGAGCAUCACUGGUAAAAGGUUCCUCCCACUAAGAUGCAGCAGUGGGAGGAUGAAUGUAAAGGAAGGGAGGGCACGAGGGCAGCUUUGGGCUCAUUCUGGGGAUAGGGGAAA